ACGAACCUAUACCGAAAGUGAGUUUUUCAGAGGUACAUGCUCAAACCAAUACUGCUGCAAGCAGAAACCACAUAACAAAAUAUAUCUCCCUGGUUAUGGGUAAAGACGAAGAUAAAGAGAAUCUACCUAUCAACAAGGAAUCGACAAAUGAAGGUAGUUCCGCGCAAUCCACAACUUCUUCAACGCAUAGAAAACAAUCCGGAUCAAAUCAGAACAGUCCGGUGAGAAAAUCUUCUCCUGUAUAUGCCACAGAUGUUCUAGAUGCACAAACGAUUGAAGAUGAACCUCUUAUACCACAUCGUAAAACAUUUGAUGACACACAGAAUACACUUGCCAGUAGAGGGGACGAUGGCGAAACAGAUUUAUUGGCCAAUUGGCAGGUCGCAAUGCACGUUAUGAAGGGAAAUAUUGGCACAGGUAUUCUUGGUCUCCCGAUUGCAGUAAAGCAUGCUGGUGUUUUGGUUGGACCAGCAGUGCUAGCAAUCAUUGCAGUAGUGUCUGUUCACUGUAUGCAUCUUAUAGUACUAUGUAGUCAUUUGCUGUGUCAUUUAGAUAACUCCUCCUCUUAUGAUUACGGAGACGUGACGCAAAGGAUAUUUUCGAAGUACGGAGAGAAAUGGGCAUAUCGUUCAAGAUUUGUUUUGGACAGUUUUCUGGUGGUUACGCAGCUUGGAUUUUGUUGUGUAUACUUUCUCUUUGUUGCAGAAAAUCUAAGACAGUUGUUUGGUAUAUUUGAUGUUCGUGUUUGGAUUCUCAUUAUGUUUCUACCUGUUUUAUCACUGGCUUUCAUUAAGAAGCUCAGUGUUAUUGCGUACAUCUCAGCGACAGCAAAUAUCCUAUGUUUUUUCGGCUUAAUCGGAACGUAUCAAUACUUAUUUUUCAACCUACAAAACCCUGGAGAUUUUCCUCCUUAUGGACCUGUACGGGAGUUUCCGUUAUUUUUUGGUGUUGCAUUGUUUGCGUUUGAAGGAAUUGGUGUGAUACUUCCCAUCGAGAAUAAAAUGCGCAAACGCGAAGAUUUCUUCUGGGUACUUGACAUCACCAUGGCUUUAGUAGCCAGCCUGUAUAUCUCAAUGGGAUUCUUUGGUUAUAUAACAUUUGGUGAUGACAUCGAAGCAAGCGUGACGCUAAGCUUACCAAAGUUGCCAUUUUACGUUAUGGUAAAGUUAUCAUAUACAUUGGCUAUUUUUUUAACAUACUUUAUUCAAUUUUACGUACCCAUGGAAAUCUUAAUACCACCAUUACAGAAAGGCUUAGCAAAAGACUGCAAGACAGCGGUUGAUGUGUUUAUGCGAGUUGCUAUGGUGAUGCUGACGUGUGCAUUGGCAAUCAGCAUUCCACAAUUGGAUAAUUUCAUAUCUCUGAUUGGUGCCACAGCGGCAGCAGCAUUGGCUUUAAUAUUUCCACCCAUUUUAUAUACAAUGUGCUUCUGGGAACAUGGAAUUUCAAAAUUUGAAAUCAUAAAAAAUAUUACUAUAUCAAUCCUUGGAACAAUAGGAGCGGUUGCAGGGACAAUAAUUUCCAUUGAAGCUAUCAUUAUCGGAUUUGAAAAGCAUGCAGGAAGUCAUGUUGUUAAUGAAGGAAUGGUCGGAGAAUUUUAUGAAAUAGCAUUGAAUAAAACUUUGUGGCUUUUGGAACCUUGGUGAAAUUUUGAUCUUAAAGUUUUUAAAUUUAAUUCAUUUAAAAAAUAUUAUUCUUCCUCUUUAUUGGCCAAAAAAUGUGUCGUACAAAAGUGGAAAAAUAUAUUUGGAGUGACGAAAAUUAUGUCCAAAGAAUUAUGUGUUAAAAAACUUAAAUAAGAAAUUUUUUAAAAAAAAUGACCAAAUCUGUUUUUUUUUUCAGGGCUAAAAUUUUGUGUGGCAUUUUUUUGUCCAAUUACUUUUUCUAAUUUAGAAUAUUCGUCAUAUAUUUUCUAAUUAAAAUCUUUUAUAAAGCAGUUAAAAGCCGUUUUGUCGCAUACUGCAAUGCAUCGAUUAAGCGCCCCUUGCCAAUUCUCAAGACAUCGCUACUACCCUUCCCUC